AAACUGGCAAAGCCUACUAUUCAGCGCAUUUAGUCGCGCCACAGUCUGCGUAUGCUGGAAAUCGCCAGUGGAUGUGUGGUUAAUAAAUACCAAAGAUAUAGUAGCAAGCAGUCUGGCUGCGCCUGACAUUUUGUCUGCAAGUAGCAGUCACCAAGACGAGCCUGAAUGAGUAGUUGGCUGGACUAUAUGCCUAGUUGCGGAAUAAUUACCAUACCGCAAAGCGGUAGGUAUGAUUUCAGUCUUGGAACCGCAGCAUGGAAAUGGACGAUCUCUUUGCUGGUUAAUGGCUCAACCUUACUUCAAUGCUCAGGACCACUGCAGUUUUCUGUUUAUUUUCUGAACCUCCAAAGUUAUUUCUCUCAGCUCCCUCCAGCAACUGCCACUACCUAUUUUGCGCCAUGCCUUCGCUCGCUCAGAAUCUGCCUAUGCUUAUCCUCGAGAGGAUUGUAGAUGUGUACGUCGGCGAUAUCAUUCCCGAUGAUCCCACCAUUGGUGCUUGCUUCUGCAAACCCUAUAUUCGCAUCGCUGCCCUACUUGCUACCUGUCACUGGUGGCGAGAGGCUGCACUAGAUAAAUUUUACAAAGGUAGCUGGUUUUGCGGCGUGAAUGAAUGCCAUUAUUGUGAUCUGAUUGAUUGCUGUGAGCGUACAGUGACAUGCGAACUGAAAGGGCAAAUGCCUGCUGGGGAUAUCAUGCACAUGAAGAAAUCUAGUCUCCAUUGGAAAAUUGGCG